AACCGUUUGCUCAAUUAGGCCAAAAGUGGAGGCUUUUGGUCUCUUGGGUCGGGGCAAAUUUUUUAUUUUAUUUUAUUCCCACCUUUUCUCAGUAACCAAACGGAGUAAGACGUUUUGGUUACCAGGGUUAUUUAUUUUUUUUUAUUUUUAUUUUUUGAUGUGUAAAUUGCAUCCUCAACCGAGUCAAGGAAGGUAGAGGGUUUUGUCCUCUUGGGUCCCAAGUGUUGGAAAAACAUUAUUUUCCUUUCUGACAUUUUCUCUGCACAUAAAAGAAGUGUUAUUUACCAUGGGACUCGCUCCAGGGCUGAUUAAUGGACUGUUUUUUUAGCAUUUUGGAAGUCAUUGUAAUUUUGGUGUCUGCACUAGUGUUCUGAAGAAAAUAUGUCGCGAAAAUGGACUUCAGAGGUGGCCCUACCGCAAGUGUUGAAGAAAUUAAGAAGUAUGCUGCUAGAGAAAGAAACAAGGAACUUGCUCAAUUGUCGAAGGUUGAUGUGCAAGGAAAUGACGCUUUAACAAGUUCAGCUGUAUCAGCAGCCUUUGGCUCCCAGCCCCAAAACGAUACUAAAAGUUCUCUCUGGAAAAUGUCCAAAUUACAUGGUGCCAUACCACCUCAUAUGUUGCAACAGCAAGGAAGCAGGAACAUUCAAAAUGGGCGACCCCAGAAUCUGCCUAAUGCAAGUUUGAGCAAAGGAAUUGCAGCCUCUUUGGAUGAAUUUAAAUAUGGAUUCCCAACGAGUGGUCUAGCAACUGCCUCAAAUAAGUGGUGGGGAAGCAGCAGUCCUGAUGGCUAUGAAGGUACCAUUGGUAAUGGAGUUGAAAUUGAUGAAGAAGACAAAAAACAGUCUGAACAAUUGGCAGAUAAUGGUGCCAAUUUGUUAGUAAUGGAUGGAGAGAAAGCUGAAAAUGAGAAAGAGGAGGGCACCAUUGGUCCCCAAGGGACAGGUUUAUUGACGGCUGUGAGGAAAACUACUGUAGAGGAAGGACGGAAAAUACUAAAGAUUGGUGUUGGUAGGGAUCAUGGUGUGCUCAAGGCAGGGAAGAAAGAGAGAAGGUUGCUGCUUCAAAUAUUUGGAUCUUCAUUGCCAAGUCAAUGGAUAAAUGGCUCUUCAUGAAUCUUAGGGGUACUGCUGUAUUCAAUUUUCAAUCUUCCAAUUUCAGUUAUGAGUUCUCAAUCCUUUUUAAUUUGUCUUCAAUUUCAGACUGGCCAUGGGUGUUAUGAAAUCUUUAUUGGUAGGUUGGAACAUUUACAUAUGCAUACCUAAGUUAUCAAUUCAGCAGCCUGAUCAACAUUUUGGUUCA